GCUUUCGUUAUCUUCUAUAUAUAUACAACCUUUUUGCCUUUUGGUAUCUAUACCAUUCUUUCUUUACAACCCCCUUUUCGCUAGUUUGUUAUUAGCACAAACUAAUUAUCAUUAGAAGAACCAAGAUUUUCACUUUAACAAACUAAACUCUUUAUUUCUAUAAGUGUGGUUAAUAUUGAAAGCACAAUUCAAGAAGAAGAAGAAAAACAAUAUGGAUCAGAGCCAUUCAAACACAAGUCAAUCAAGAUCUGCAGAUCGCAAAACUGUUGAGAAAAACAGAAGGAUUCAGAUGAAAGCUCUUUACUCAGAACUCAACUCUCUUCUUCCUCAAACUUCUAGGGAGCCUUUAACGCUGCCUGAUCAGCUAGAUGAAGCUGCAAACUACAUCAAGAAGCUACAAGUGAGCGUAGAGAAAAAGAGAGAAAGGAAGAGGAUGCUUAUCGCGACCACAGCUUUCGACAGAUUGAAUUCGACUGGAUCUUCUUCAAUGUCUUCGAGUGUCGACGUCACCGUGCCAAGAAGGUUGCCGAAAAUCGAGAUUGAAGAAACCGGUUCGAUUCUCCACAUCUUUCUUGUGACAAGCUUGGAAGAUAAGUUUAUGUUCCAUGAGAGCAUCCGCGUUGUCACUGAGGAAUUAGGAUCUGAGAUCACUCAUGCUGGAUACUCAAUUGUUGAUGAUGCCGUCUUCCACACUCUUCAUUGCAAGGUGGAAGAUUGCGAUUAUGGAGCUAGGAGUAGAAUUUCUGAGAGUCUAAAGAAACUUGUGAACAGUGUCAACUAGUAUUAUCUCUAGUGUGUGUACCUAUUUUUCCCUCUCCUUGCAGCUUUUUCUGUUUUUUUGUUUACGUUUUGUUCCUUUUGUUGAAUUUUUAUCUUUUCUUGAAUUUUAUCUUGCACUGUGAAAACGAUGUUUCAUUGUGAGCAUAAUUAAGAUAUGUCUUUUAUCUCUACUAAAAGCUGUGAGAUGUAUGGAAAUGUGGAUGAUAAUACUCAACCAAAAUAUUCAUUUUAAU